AUGGCGGCAGAAGAUGCACCUGUUCCCCAUGUAGAUUCCAUCGUGAACGCAGAUGUUACAAGUCCCCAAGAGGACCAAGUCUGCCAAUAUGACCCUCAUCCUUCUGCUGAAGGUCAUCAAAGAAGCAAAAAUGAGAUUUGUCAAAAGAUAAUUGCAGGAAAUGUGGAUUUUGCCUUCAAAUUAUACCACCAGGCUGCUUUGGAGGAUCCUGGCAAGAACCUUUUCUUUUCUCCACUGAGCAUUUUCACUGUCCUUGCAAUGGUCUCCAUGGGGGCUGAGUCUGCCACUGCGAAUCAGCUUUUUUCAGGUCUUGGUCUGAACCAUUCAGAGAUCAGUGAGCAAGAAAUACAUGAAUGUUUUCAUCAUCUCUUCCAAAUGCUGAACUGCAAUAACUCUGAAAUUGAGUUGCGUAUUGGGAAUGCUAUUUUCAUAGAUAAGAAAUGGUUGCCACGAGUAGAGUUCUUGAAUGACUCCAAACAUAACUAUCAGGCUGAAGUUCUUCCAAUAGACUUGAAAAAUUUGACAGAAGCCCAGGCCCAGAUCCAAAGCUACCUGAAGAAGAAAAGCGAUGGGAAAUUAGUCGAUGUGAUCCAGGGUCUUGAUCCAGAGGAUGUCAUGGUUCUUGUAAACUAUAUUAUAAUGAAAGUCUCCUGGGAAAAUCCUUUCAGUCUUCUGAAUGCUCAAGAAGAUUUCUUCUUUGUGGAUGAAGACACAACAAUGAAAGUUGAUAUGAUGAAGAAAGAUGGCUAUUUUAAGAGUUACUAUGAUAAGAGACUGUUUUGUGAGGUGGUUGAGAUCCCCUACAAAGGCAACAUUUCAGCAGUGUUCAUUCUGCCUGAGCAAGGAAAAUUGAAACUGGUGGAAGAGGCACUGGGAAAAGAAAUUUUAGUAAAAUGGAAGAGCUUAUUGAAACUACGGAGAACAAGUGUGUAUCUUCCAAGGAUCUCAUUGUCUGAAAGUUAUGAUAUGACAGAGAUGUUUAAAAACCUGGGUGUUACUGACCUUUUCAAAGACAGAGUGGAACGAUCUGGAAUUACUGGGAAACAUGAGCUGAAGGCUAUUCACAAAGCUCAUCUGAACAUCCAUGAGGAGGGCAUGGAAGCUGCAGCUACCACUGAUAAUGAAGUAGUUCUCACUUCAUUACUCCCUACAAUUAGAUUUAACAGGCCCUUCGUGAUUGUUACUCGUAGAGAAGAUGUGAUAAUAUUCAUGGGAAGAGCUUCAAACCCUGUAGGAAACUAA